AUGUCGCGCCCCGGGAACCAGCUCAUCGCGAGCCACCCCAUGCACAGCGGCGAGGAGAGCGAGCAGAGCGCCCAGUACCGCGCGGAGCAGCAGAAGCAGCUCGAGUGGUUCCAGCGCAAGGCGAAGAAGCAGGCGCACUGGGACAGCAUGGAGUCCGGGCGCAAGGCGCGCGUCGAGGCGCUGGCGAACCUCAUGGGCGGCGCGAAGCCGCCGAAGCGCGUCCAGGCCGAGGUCGAGCACAGGCGCGUCGGCCGCGGCGCCAAGGCGGCGCUCCGCGCGUACGUCGCGUGGGCCAAGGACCACCCCGGCGCCCUGGAGAAGGGCCAGAAGAAGGCGCUCCGCUCGCUCAUCGCCGCGUGGAACGAGAUCCGCGUCGCGGGCCACGACCUCGAGGACCUCGACGCGGACGGUUUGGAGCCGCGCGCGGCGCCGCCGCACGCGACGCUCAAGGCGCUCCACGAGGCCGUCGCGCGGCACGGCGUCGGCAACGCCGACGUCUGGCGGCGCUACAUGGGCGCCGUGAAGACGUUGCUCGGCGCGACGGACGCCGCGGGCCGCCCCGCGGACGCGCCGGCCGACGAGCCCGCCGAGGCGGACGACGAGGACUACCGCGACGACCGCGAGUGGGUGUCCAUCGACGACAUGAACGACAUGAUGCAGAAGAAGUGGAGCGAGCACAAGGAGCAGGAGUCGCGGGACCGCGAGGAGAAGAAGCGCAAGGAGGCCGAGACGCACUUCAAGAAGGAGGCCGAGGCCGCGCGGCUCCGGCGCCUCGACGAGGACGCGGCGCCGCCCGUGCUCGACGACGACGGCUUCGUCGUGUCGCGGCCGUCGCGCACGGCGACGCCCGCGGCGUCGACGAAGCCCGCGGUGCUGGAUGGCUACUCCUGGACCGACGACGAGGUGCUCGUCGUCCUCUACGUCGAGCUGUCGCGGCCCGUGAAAUCGAACGAGCUCACGGUCGCGCUCGGCGCGCGGACGCUCCACGUGACGCACCUCGGCGGCACGGUCAUCAAGCGCACCUGGGCGCGGGGCGUCCAGCACGCCCACGACGACACGGUCUGGUUCCUCGAGGACAGCGGCGACGUGCUCCGCUUCGAGCUCGUCAAGGACCUGGCCGCGGACGCGGGCGCCGAGGCCUGGCCCUGCGCCUUCGAGGGCGACCCCUACGGCCACCGGCGCACGACGCGCACGGACGAGGAGCGCUACGAGUGGACCCAGAGCGAGUACGACGUCACCGUGUCCGCGCGCGUCCCCGAGGGCACGACGAAGUUCGACGUGUCCGUGACGCUCCAGCGCGACGCGCUGCGCGUCUACGUCAAGGGCCUCGGCAGCCUCGUGGACGGCGUGCUCAACCGGGCCAUCAACCUCAAGGAGAGCACGUGGGCCCUCGACGACACGGAGCUCGUCGUCGUCCUCGCGAAGCUCGAGAAGACGCAGGCGUGGCAGCGCCUCAUGGUCGGCGGCAACGAGAUCACCGUCGAGGCCGCCUACCGGCAGAUGGGCGACGAGGCGCCGGAGCGGGGCGCCGUCGCCUACGACGACAUGGACGAGCGCGAGAAGGCCUACGUCCGCGCGCGGCGCGAGCUCGACUACGCGCGCGCGGCCGGCGACGACGAGCUCGUCGACGAGAUUUUGGCGGACCUCGAGGCCAUGGACGUGGCCGUCGCGCCGGACGUCGACCGGCCCUACCGCGACGAGCAGCUCGAGGCGACGCUCGACCUCGACGAGGAGGAGGCGCGGCUCCGGGCCGAGCAGUUCGGCGCGGACGACCCCGCGCUCCUCGAGGAGAAGCGGACGCACGCCGCCAAGUGCAUCUUCAACAUCCGCAAGUAUUUCGCGAGCCGCGGGUCGUCCGCCAUCGCGCUGAACGGCGGCGGCUCGACGCCCCCUGAAUAUGGGCGGCCCCGACGAGCCGCUCAUGGUCUUCUGAUCUCCUUCACGGGCAGCCUCACGAGCCCGAGCGCCUUCGGUCACCAAGUUGGGCAGCCCCUGAAUAUGGGCGGCCCGUCCGACGAGCCGCUCAUGGAGGACAAGCAGCUGCUCUACAGCGAGGGGGCGAGGCCCUACGAGCCGUCGCGGAAGGUGCUCGGCCUCGUCUUCACCAUCUCAUUGACGACCUUGGCAGCCCUGAGCGCUCUACAGGCGCUAGUGUCCCACAUCACGGACCACUACAGCGCGACGACCUACGAGGUCGUCGUCGGCCUGCUCAUGGUCUCGGCCUUCCCCGCGGCCCUGCUCCAGUUCAAGUUCGACGCGUCCUACGACGCGCGGUACGGCCUCCGCGACGCGGCCGCGUUCCGCCUCGUCGUCUCGUGCCUCGUCCAGUCCGCCUGCUGCGUCGCGCUCGUCUGGCAGGAGGCGUCCAUCCUGUACGCCUCGUCCUUCCUCAUCGGCCUCGCGACUUGGUGCGCCAACGGCACGCUGAACUCUCUCUGCGUCGCCGUGGCCCCGCGCGCGUCCAUCUACCAGGGCCUCGGGUUCCAGGUCGCGAACCUCGCGUCCUACGCCGUCAUCUACGUGACGGAGGAGGACGGCUGGGCCCUGCUCUGGUGGGUCUUCGCCGCGCCGCCGCUCGUCGGGCUCGCGGCGUCCGCGGCGUUCCUCGGCGACGGCGCGGUGUCGCGCGCGCUCGAGGACUACGCGGAGCCGCGGCGAUCGACGACGGUCCUCGAGGACGUCGAGCGCAUGCCGCCGACGAUCAAGCGCAUGUUCGCCGUCGAGGCGCUGUCGCUGACCGUGUCCGUCAUCGCCGUCGGCGCGACGUCGUUCUACGACGACGAGGGCGACUACCUCGGCACGUCCCUGGCCACGGUGCUCUACAUCUCCUUCACCCUGGGCAACGUCGGCUCGCGCCUCGUCGCGCUCGUCGUGCCCGUGCCCGAGGACAGCGUCCUCAUACUCGGCUCGGCGGCGCGCGCGGCGCUCACGCCGCUCCUCUUCCUCGGGAGCGACCUCUCGACGAGCUACGACCUCUACGUGACGCUCUUCUUCUUCUUCUUCGCGCUCGUCGGCGGGGUCCUGAUCCAGAUCCCGUUCCUCGUGCCCAAGGCGACGUGCGAUCCGGCGGACGUCGUCCUCGCGAGCCGCUUCAUCACGCUCGCGCAGGGCGCGGGGCUCACGAUCGGCGGCGUCGUCGACGUCGCCGUCGCCCUCGGCUUGCUCUAUGGCUAA